AUGGUGAACAGUAACAGCAAAGCAAAUCCCACGUCGAUAAGCUUUCGACGUGUUGCUAGUCUAAAGGCUGUUAAUCAUUGGCUAUUCAACUGUUCGCAACAUCUUCUGAUUAUUGCUCCUCCACAUUGUGGUAAAACGGUUUUAUGCAAGCAGUUACAAAAUGAAGCCGAAUGCGUUGCAGCACACUAUUGCCAACGAGAACUGGCUCAGUCAACUGAGUCUGCAACAUUGGUUCGUUCAAUUGCCAUGCAGUUAGUUAAGAGAUUUCCUAACUUGGUUAUGCCGAAUUUAUCAACCGUGACUUUGCUCUCGGAUUAUGCUGCAGGCUUGCAGCAGUAUUUAACACUCCCAUUGGCAUCAUUGCCACAGCCAAGCAAACCAAUGUUCAUUCUCGUCGAUGAUAUUCAAGUUCAUUCAUAUGCUAUAAUACUAGAGCUACUGAAUUGCUUACCGACAUGGCUUCGUUUGGUUGUUACAUCACGUCCUAUUCUCCCAGGAGAACAGUUUCGUUUCAAAGAAUUCCAUCAACUCUUGAUUGGUGAUAACGCCGACGAGCUUCACAGAUUCAUCGAAGUACGCCUCCCUUCUUGCAACUCAGAAGAUGUCUUAGAUGCUUGCCAAGGAUCAUGGUCCUACGUAGAUCAGUUGGGACGUGCAGUUGAUCGAAAUCUGAUUGCUGCUGACCAUAUUCCAUCAACGUCUAAAGAUCUCAUGGACGACAUUACAAAUGCAUUGCCUGUCCGUUUGCCAGUCUACAUAAUGCUCAUUAAGACAUCACGACUGCCACCUACGAACGAGCUUCUCCUAGCUGUUAGCCAACUUGUUAUUAAUGAUUCAUUAGUAAUAAUUGAACGUGAAAUCAAUGAAAUAUCCAUGAUAUUCGAAUCACGAGAACCAAUUCGAUUAUCUGGCACGUGGCAAGAAUACCCAGAUGAUCCCUUAGCAGUUUAUCAUGGUGCUUGGGCUGAGCUUUACAAAACUAAACUGAGGAAAAAGCCACAAGACAUCAUUGAAUUGGCUUAUCAUCUAGCUCACUCACAUAUACCACCACUUGAAGCUAUUCGAACUCUCAUAUCUGUCGGGGCCGACGAUAUUAUUCUGAAGUGUUCUGUCAUCGAUAUUCCAACCUCAAUGCUUCUAAUGAAAGCCGGAACGACAAUUCUGGAUUUGAGUACUAAAGAUGAUUUCGUUUUUCUGUGUUCAUCCGAUGAUUUGGAAAAGGUUCAAAAGAUUAUUAUGGAAACUCCGGAUGCUGAGCUAGCCUCUGGUCUUCUGGCAGCUUCAUCACGCGGACACAUCCGUAUCGUUGAGACCAUAUUGAAGUGUUGUCCUAAGAUCAUCAACUGCAUUUCUUCCUAUGGUCAAUGGAACGCCCUGAGAAGCGCUGCAUGCAAUAAUCAUUUGGAUAUUCUCAAUCUGUUACUAUCUGAAGGUAUCAACGUCAAUGAAUGUGGCUUUGGUGGCCGGACAGCUCUCCGAGCUGCGGCUUGGGCUGGACAUGUGGAGAUUGUUGAUCGUCUGCUAUCAACAGGAGCCAAUGUUCAUAGUCGAGAUAGUGAACAGAGAACUGCCUUGAUGGCUGCUGCUUUCAUGGAUCAUACGAAAGUCUUGGAUUGUUUGUUCAAAUAUGGAGCUCAAGUGAAUGACACGGAUUCUGCUGGAGCAACAGCCUUACACCUCGUUCUAUCGAAUGGCUCAAAUUCUGAAGACCAUCAGAAGACAGUUGAUGUAUUACUUACACAUGGAAGUGAUGUGAACAAAGCUGAUGCUCACGGCAGGACGUGUUUACACUUGGCUGGUUUUCAUGGAGACGAUAAUUUGGAAAAAAUUCUGAAGCUCACCACUAAUAUCGAUAGCGCUGAUUCGCUAGGAAGAACUGCUUUCAUGCUUGCCGCCAGUCAAGGAAAAGAUACAGCUGUUUCAACUCUCUUCCAAAAUGGAGCUGAUAUGGACUUUAUCGAUAGUCAUGGAAGAACUGCUCUACAGCUAGCUGCAGCAGGAGGUCACUUGAAUGUUGUUGAUCUCCUACUCAGCCUUGGUGCUGACGAAGCUCAUAAGGAUAAUGAUGGUGCUGUGGCAUUACAUUAUGCUGUUCAACAAGAGGAUACUGCUUUAUGCCGAGCAUUGGCUACCAGCUGCACCAUUUCUGAGAUCGAUAGGCUUGGACAACAUCCUCUUAUUUGUGCUGUUCAGCAUAAUAAUGAAAAGGUGUUGAACGAACUGUUGCAACUUGGAGCUCCUGUUAACAAGCAUACCGUUGAUGGCCAAACAGCCUUAAGGGUUGCCUGUUUGAAUGGAAAUGUUCGAAUUGUGCAGGCUUUAUCAAGUUGGGUCACUGAUUGGGAACAGAAAGACUUGGAUGGAACACCUCUAUCUCAUAGUCUGCUGAUUAACGGACAAACAUCUAUGGCUGAGCUUCUUUUCUCGCUUGGAGCUCAACAUUCUGCCACAGAUGCUCAUCAGCGUGCUUGUGCUCACGUGGCUUGCUCUAUCAAUGAUUUGGCAGCGGUUAGAAUGUUAAGAAGACUUGGAGCUUCGUUUGAAGUGGAAGACUCUGGUGGCAGAACUCCUUUGAUGACUGCUGUUUGGGCUGGUCAUAGUGCUGUAGUUGCUUACCUGCUUGACUCUUUAACUGUGAACCCUAACUGCAUUGAUGAACAAGGAGCCUCUCCACUAUCGAUAGCCGCUCAACUGGGAUAUCGUGAUAUGGUGAUAUUGUUAUUACGAUUUGGAGCUGAACCUUCCCUACGCGAUCAUAUGGGAAGAACAGCACUUGAUGUUGCCAAAAUAUCAGGACACGAGCACAUUAUAUCAAUACUUAAGACUGCUUCUGGAUCAGCAGAUUCUUCUGGAUUUGGAAGCAUGCCAAACUCUCCUCUAGAUACCAAAUCUUUAGGUCGAAAAUCGUUCCGAAGAAGUCAAAAGAUAUCUUUAACAAGUCCACGACGAUCAAGAAGAAUCUUUUGA